UUCUAUCGAGUACGAAAAUGGAAACAGCACCACCCAAAUCCCACCUAUUUGAAGCUUACCUUCAGAAUCCUAAUUAAGGCAUUCGGCGACCCCAGCUUAAAAUAUUCCUACUCAUCCCCCUCACAAGAAAAAACCCAAUCCAAUCCCACCAUCAUCCAACGACCCCAUCCAUCCAUCUAUACAUACAUAUAUGAUAUAUACAUGGCUUCCUGUUUUUGAUCGAGUCCAACCUUCCAUCAUCUAUCCUUCAUGACCUUCUUCCCAUCCUCCUACAAAAACCUUUAAAAUCCUCUUUAAUCCCCCAAAGAAGAAGUGGCCAUGGCUAGCGCGCAUACACCCUACUCCAGUGUAUGUAAGCUCUACUUCCCUUACUGGAAGAGAAUAAGCCUCCUUCCCAUCGCUCUCCUCACCGUUCUCUGCUCCUUAUCCUAUCUCCUCGGCGUAUGGCAGCACGGCUCCUUCACACCCACUUCCACUCUCCUCGCCGUAACCCCCUGCCCUCCGGCGAGAAUCCACCCCGCCGCCGCGCUUGACUUCUCAACCCACCACUCCGCCGACGACACUGACGUGCCGCCCGCGGAGGUCGCGCGGCACUACCCCCCGUGCGACGCGCGGUACAGCGAGUAUACGCCGUGUGAGGACAGGGACCGGUCGCUAAAAUACGCCAGGGAGAGGUUGGUGUACAGAGAGCGACACUGCCCUGCGAAGAGAGAACUGCUGAAGUGUCUGGUGCCGGCUCCGUUCGGGUACCGGAACCCGUUUGCGUGGCCCGAGAGCAGGGAGCUGGCGUGGUUCGCAAACGUGCCGCACAAGGAACUGACGAUCGAGAAAGCGGGUCAGAACUGGAUCCGGGUCGAGGGCGAAAAGUUCCGGUUCCCGGGCGGUGGGACCAUGUUCCCACGUGGGGCCGAUGCUUAUAUUGAUGAUAUCGAGAAGCUUAUCCCUUUGAGGGACGGUUCGAUCAGGACCGCCAUCGAUACCGGUUGUGGGGUUGCAAGCUGGGGAGGUUACCUUCUGUCCCGGAACAUCACGGCCAUGUCAUUUGCACCGAGGGACUCACACGAAGCACAGGUGCAAUUUGCGCUCGAACGUGGAAUUCCAGCUAUGAUCGGAGUGCUCGCAUCCAUCAGGCUUCCAUACCCUUCGAGGGCUUUCGACAUGGCGCAUUGCUCUCGGUGCCUCAUUCCGUGGCACCUCUAUGAUGGGCUGUACUUAAUUGAAAUUGAUCGCAUCCUACGGCCCGGUGGGUAUUGGGUUCUGUCUGGGCCACCAAUCAACUGGAAGACUCACUGGAAGGGCUGGAAGAGAACGGAGGAAGACCUGAAGGCCGAGCAGUCUGCAAUCGAGGCAGUAGCAAGAAGUCUCUGUUGGAAGAAAUUGAAAGAGAAGGGCGACAUUGCCAUUUGGCAGAAACCCACUAAUCAUGUACACUGCAAAAUCAACCGAAAGGUCUUCAAGACCCCUCGAUUCUGCCAAACGCAAAAUCCGGACGCCGGAUGGUACACGAAAAUGGAGGCUUGCAUAACUCCCCUCCCUGAGGCGGCCACGAUACAAGAAGUCGCAGGUGGGGCACUGCAGAAAUGGCCGGAAAGACUGACUGCAGUCCCACCGAGGAUUGAAAGUGGAAGCUUGGAGGGAGCUACACCAGAGCUGUUCUUACAUGAUACAGAACUCUGGAAGAAGAGAUUGGGAUACUACAAGGCUGCCAUCAAUCAGUUGGGCCAGCGUGGGAGGUACCGCAACUUGCUGGACAUGAAUGCAGGCUUCGGAGGAUUUGCGGCCGCACUGAUUGAUGAUCCAGUGUGGGUCAUGAACGUGGUCCCCACCGAAUCAAAGAUCAACACUCUAGGGGUCAUCUACGAACGCGGGUUGAUUGGGACAUAUCAGAAUUGGUGCGAAGCCAUGUCGACAUAUCCAAGGACGUAUGAUCUUCUCCACGCGGAUUCCGUGUUUAGCCUCUACCAGAACAGAUGUGAAAUGGAAGAUAUUCUAUUGGAGAUGGAUAGAAUAUUGAGACCUGAAGGGACAGUGAUCUUUAGAGAUGAUGUUGAUGUGCUGGUGAAAAUCAAGAGUUUAACGGAUGGGAUGAAAUGGGACACCCAGAUUGUAGAUCAUGAAGAUGGGCCUCUGGAGAGGGAGAAGCUUCUCCUAGCCGUUAAAUUGUACUGGACCGCACCCGGCAAAGAUCAAGAAGACUCCAACAGCCAACUGGAGUAGAGAGACCUCAAUGUGGUUUUGGUUUCUUGUUUUUUGUUUUGUUUUCUGAAAAUGCUAUUCUUUCAAUUGAUAUUUGUUUAUGGUGUC